CCUGUCCAACCUCAACUCACCCUAGGAAACUUUUCCUACAGGAGCUCAACCCCGACAGCUGAAAGCACAGCUACCCACGGAGCUACGCUGUGUUGUGGGCAGGGGGUCGACUCGACCCGCUGGCGGUCAUUCAUCCUAUGUAAACACCACACGGACCAUCUGUGUGGAUGAGUUGUAUUUAUACAAGCGGAUGGUUAUCAAAGAGAAGUGUCAAGUCUAUGAGAGCAGGUAAUUGGUGCCAUGCCAGCUGCUUCUCCCCCUCUGCUCCCCCUUGCCACCUGGUGGUGGUGUCUGGUACUGUUGCUGCCCCCACAGCCCCAUGCCCUGACCCAGCUCCAGCCGGACCCUAACCGAGAGAAGGCCUCUCACGCUGGGCAGGCCUUCCCUCACCUCUCCCUGGAUGGAUCUCCCCUCAGCCACCUCCUCCUGGACUCCAGGUCUGGUCAUCUGUACGUGGGGGCGGUCAACCAUCUCUACCACCUGUCCCCUGACCUCCAGGUGCUCUCCUCCAGUCAGACUGGCCCCAAACUGGACAGUGCCGAGUGCUUGCCCCCCAUCGUCCCCAAGGACUGCAGUACCGCACACCUGACCCCCAACGCUAAUAAGAUCCUUCUGCUAGAGGAGGGUCUGGCCUCAGCAGGGUCAGAGGUCGGGGCGAGGAGCCUGAUCGUGUGUGGAACCCUGUUCCAGGGUAUCUGUGAGAAGAGGAGUCUGGAUAAUGUGUCCGAGGUACUGUACCAAUCCUCCAACCCGGUGGACACGCAGUACGUCGCCGCCAACGACCCCCGCGUCUCCACCGUGGGUGUGGUCUUGAACCAAAAGGGUGUGGGGCUUAUGCUGGUGGGGCGUGGCUACACCAGUAAAGGCCCCAGCGACAUCCCACCAAUCACAACUCGCCGUUUGGCCCCCAGCUCCUCCCCCGCCCACCAGGCCUUCUCUCAAGACGAGGAACUAGGGAAGCUGGUUGUCGGGAGCUACUCUGAGUACAACAACCACUUCAUCUCCGCGCAUCAUCAUGGCGACCAUGUUUACUUCCUGUUCUCGCGGAGGGAUAUGUGGAACCGGAAGGAGUACCGGACCUACGUUUCUCGUCUCUGCGCCGGGGACCGGAGCUUCUACUCCUAUGUGGAGGUUCCGUUGGAAUGUUCCGGGGGUUACAACCUCGCCCAGGGGGCGACCCUCGCCGAACACCAGGGGCGACCGGCGCUGUUCGUUGCCACGGCGGCGGGGCAGGCGUCGACGCCCACGGCGACGGGUCGCUCGGCGCUGUGCGUUUAUGGGAUGUCAGAGCUGGAUGCGUCGCUGCAGAGGGCCCAGGAGCUGUGCUAUACAGAGGGAGGAAGAGGAAGGACGGGACAGGAGGAGGCAUACAUAGAGUAUGAGGUGUCGUCCAGGUGUCUACGCCUGCCCAAGGAUUCGUUAAAGAAGUACCCGUGUGGAGGGGAACACACCCCCAGCCCCAUCGCCUCUGCGGUUCCCCUGUCAGCCACCCCCUCUCUGACCAGGGACACUCUACUCACCGCGGUCACCACCACUACCGAGGCCGGCCACACCAUCGCUCUGCUCGGGGACAAGAACGGAUGGCUGCACAAG